AUGGCUGAGUUCAGGGGCGUACAAGGCACAUUGCUCGGGCCGUUAACCACGACAUGGUCGAUGCCCGACAGCUGCAGCGUCCAUGUCGUCGAGUGUACAACGUGCGUGGAGGGUUACAGGGGUCAGCAAUGCGUGAUAAGCGACGAGAGAGGGGUGCCAAAGGACCACACCACCUGUUGGCCUCCUGCUAUCCAACGCGCCGGGACGCCAGUACCCGCUUUCAACGGAUGGGGGUUCUACUCUCCCGGCUUGGCCUGCCCGACGGGCUACACGGCGGCCUGCACGGCCGAAUAUGAGGGCCGAUCGGACUGGGCGGUCGAGUUCCCCCUGAUCGCGGGCGAGACCGCCAUCGGGUGUUGUCCCACGGGCUUCGAGUGCACGAACCACAACGGCAACACAUGCAUCGCCACAGCACCCGACUUGGUGGCCCAGACCGGCUCCUGUUCCGGGACGGUGCUGGUCAACGUCGCCCAGGUCACCUACCCGGCCUUCGUCGACAUCACGACGACCGUGACCGACGAUACCUCGACCAGUACGGUCGAAACCUCGGCGCCGUUCACCCUGUUCGCCCCGAUGUUCCAGCUGAACUAUCGCGCCUCCGAUCUCGCAUCUUCCACCGCACCUCCGUCCACGACAGGAGAACUCUCAGCAUCGGACGGCACAACGUCGGUGGCUUCGCAGUCGACCGGUUCAGACGCGGCUUCCUCCGGUUCUUCCGGGCCGGCCGCGGAUGGAGGUGGGCUUUCGACAGGGGCGAUUGUCGGGAUCGCUGUCGGUGCGGCGCUGGGGGGCAUCCUGUUGGGCGUGCUAGCAGUUUUGUGGUUUAUUAGGAACAGGAAAAGAAAGCGGGCGGAGGCAGCAGCGGGAGGCCAGUCGCAGUAUGAAGGCUACCAGCCACAGUAUGGCUACCAGCCGCAGUACGACCACAAGUACGCGGCCACGAUGCUCUCCCCGCACCAGCAGACUCCUGCCGAGGUCUGGAGCCAGCCGAGCCGCGUCGAGGUCGGAAGCGAAUCCGCCGUCGUCGAGAUGGGGACCAUGUCGAACCAUGGCGGGUUCGCGGGGCCACCGGUCGAGUUGCCGACAGGAAACGGCCGUUGGAGUCACAACCACGCCCCCACAACCCCGUCUCAUGGCUGA